AUGUCCGCGCUGUAUACCGGUACAUGCAAAAAAGAAAAAGGUCGGGGUAACAACGUCCUGCCACUGGCCAGCCUCACAAAGCUGUAUGGGACAUUCUGCCCAACGAGCAGCCGUAAUGUUUCCACCGUCGUGAAGGCGGUGACAUCUGCCGCGCCAUAUGCUGCAAACCCGCUCUGCUCGGCGAUCAAGCCCGGGUCGCCCUUCCGCGAGGCUGACCGGUCCGCCAAAUCCAAGAACACCUUCCGAAAAUUCGCCGAGCCCCGAGACCCAAACAGCCGGACCAGCAUCCCCACAAGCGUGCUCUUCUCCGGACUCAACGCGCUGACGACCAGGAAUGGUGAGCCCGCUCCGGCGUCGGCGCCGUUCGAGCUAACCGUCCGCGCCCCUCUGGAUGCUCUCGAGGCUGGUGAAUGGUUCGAUAAGGAGAUCCUUGCCCGAAUGCCGGGGGCGUCUUGA